GGGGUUGCGGAGCGACGAGGGAUUCUGAGCGGGGCCUAGCGAGUGCUUGAAGCGGGUGCAGGCGGAGGAGAGCGAGCCUGGUCUGGCGUAUGUGGCGAGGUGACGUUGGAGAGCGGGCGUGUUUUUGUUUCUGAGAUCAUGGCUGCAGAGAAAAAUGACAACUUAGUCUGAAUGAGGAAGAGCAGGAAGAAGAUGGGCCACUGUGAUAUACUCUUUGAAAAGAGCAAUCGAAAGUCAUCUUUGUCUUGUUGCUGUUCAGGAAGGAAUUCUUCUACAGAAGCAGUGCAUAACUUACUACAAGAGGCAAAUUAAACUGGUGAUCAUGCUGCUAAAUUGAUAAUGUGGACUCCUCAUGUCAUCUGCUUUCUGGUUUGGGGGUUUUGGCAUCGGUGAUGAGAAAUGGGGUAUGAUGUAGCUCGCUUUCAAGGGGAUGUUGAUGAAGAUCUUGUAUGUCCCAUCUGCAGCGGGGUCUUGGAGGAGCCAGUGCAGGCUCCUCAUUGCGAGCACGCCUUCUGCAAUGCCUGCAUCACCCAGUGGUUCUCCCAACAACAGACUUGCCCCGUGGACCGAAGUGUUGUGACCGUGGCUCACUUGCGGCCUGUUCCUCGGAUCAUGCGUAAUAUGCUAUCUAAGCUGCAGAUCACAUGUGACAACGCUGUUUUUGGUUGUACCGCUGUAGUGCGACUUGACAACCUGAUGUCUCACCUCAACGACUGUGAACACAAUCCAAAGCGGCCUGUGACUUGUGAGCAGGGAUGUGGCUUGGAAAUGCCCAAAGAUGAGUUACCGAAUCAUAACUGCAUCAAGCACUUGCGGUCAGUGGUGCAGCAGCAACAGACAAGGAUAGCUGAGUUGGAAAAGACUUCAGCAGAACAUAAGCACCAGCUAGCGGAGCAGAAACGUGACAUUCAGUUGUUGAAAGCAUAUAUGCGAGCGAUACGUAGUGUCAAUCCCAACCUGCAGAAUUUGGAGGAGACUAUUGAAUAUAAUGAAAUCCUAGAGUAAGUGCUGGAACUGAGUUUUAAAAGAGGGUGG